AUGAAUAUCUGGUUCAAAUACGAAGGCGAGCCGGUGGAAAUUUCUUUUAAGGGAAAAAACGUUAAUGCACUGAAGGAACAAAUUAAGACCAAACUAAAAAACCAGCUGGGAAAAUUUGAUAUUGAUCAAAUAACAUUACGAGCACCUGGAGAACAUGAGAGCUUAUGUGCGGAAAUGUUGAUUGACGAAGGAUUUGUAACAACUUACAACGAACCUGUUGUUGUUGAAAAAAAUUGUGAAAAAAGGUUUCAUAUUCAAUGUUAUGAUAAUGAAGGUCUGCCGUUGGACAAAUUUCAGCAAUUUACAAUGUGCGACAACGAAGAUUUCAGGCAAUUUUUAAAGAGAGUGGAGGCGAGAGGAUUAGAAGACAUUGAAGAUAACGAUAAAAUUAUCACAUCAUUUAAGAAUAUUCAAGCUAACAAAUUUUACCGGAUUAGUGCUUCGUAUCUCAAGGCAGUAAAAAAUGGUGUCAUGUGGACACAAGUCGAGGAUGUGGCAUUAGAGGAUGAAACGAGAUUGGCUGUGGCAAAUAUCAUUACAAAAACGCUCAAGUCCCCUGUCAUAGACUUUCCUAACCGAGUUAUGCAUGACGAAGCUGGCCAGGCGAUCAUGGAGUGGGAUGGCAUCUUCCUAUGUUGUAACAAAGUGUUUCUAUGUGAAUCAAAACACAAAAUGACCGAAGAAAAGAUUGCCACGCUUGUUAAAAGAUUAGGGGAAUUUCCAAAUAAACUGGAGGUAACGAAAGAUUUCGAAUUCAAGAAAUUAUUGGGUAUGGAAUAUAUUGGAGUCGCUUGUGCCACAUUUUUUCCGAAAGAACUAAGACAGAAGUGUGUGGAUAAACUUGGAUUAGUCGUUGCAUAUCCAGGAGGUGGCCGUUAUUGUGUCGAAGUACCCGCAAAAAUAUAUGGACUGGCAGGCGAAAAUCCUGAACAGGUAGCCACAACGAUUGCAAAAUCUCCUGGUGUCUCUAAAGUUCUGACUGCCAUAUGGGCAUGGUAUAUCGGAAGUGUAUGCUCCACUUGUAAUUGCGGCUCAGAAAACGCACAGCUUUACACACUUGUUGGCCUCAAAUAG